UCUUCUGUGGAGAUUCUCAAUAUUCAUUCCUCCUGCAAACCGGACCUUGACUGUGAAGUUCGGGAAAGGGGGAUACAAUAAAAGACGGCAAAAAGACUGCAAUCAAUGUUCCAGCCAUUACUAAGAGUACCGGUAUGAUUAAAAUCACACCAAACUCAAACAUACAAUAAAGACAUCAGAUAAUAUAUUGAAGUGGAAGGGAAACAUACAAAUACAUUUGGAUCCCAGUCUAAAAAAAAUAAGUUUGGACUUCUAGCAUGGAGGUGUCCCAUGUGAACAAUAGCAGUCAUCACGCCUGGUGGAAAGAGAUGCCUUGGGGCGACACAGACGAGUGCACCUCCUCCUGGAGUGGCACCACCUUCCUGAUAGUUGCCUACAGCGCACUGGUCGCGGUUGGCCUUAUCGGUAAUACCUGCCUGGUGUUUGUCAUCACACGGCAGAAGGAGAUGCGGAAUGUCACCAACAUCUUCAUCGCCAACCUGUCCAUCUCUGACAUCCUCAUGUGCAUUGUGUGCCUGCCUGUCACCAUCAUCUACACCCUGAUGGACCGCUGGAUCCUGGGGGAGGCACUCUGUAAGGUCACACCCUUUGUCCAGUGCAUCUCUGUCACGGUUUCCAUCUUCACCCUUGUCCUCAUAGCCAUGGAGCGCCACCAACUCAUCAUCCACCCCACUGGAUGGAAGCCCAUGGUGCGCCACUCCUACCUGGCUGUAGCCAUCACCUGGUUAGUGGCCUGCUUCAUCUCUCUUCCUUUCCUCUUCUUCAACGUCCUUGACAACAGUCCUUUCCAGAACAUGAGCCUCCCCUUCAAUCUCUUCACUGACCACUUCAUCUGUAUGGAGCGAUGGCCCUCAGAGCACAACCGACUGGCCUACACCACCUCCCUGCUGCUCUUCCAGUACUGCCUUCCCCUUAUCCUCAUCCUGGUCUGCUACCUGCGCAUCUUCCUGCGUCUCCGACAGAGAAAAUACAUGGUGGAGCGAGCCAGGGACAACUGUCAGAAGAAAGCCAAGGGGUCAAAGAGGAUCAAUGCCAUGUUGGCCUCCAUUGUGGUAGUGUUUGCCCUCUGCUGGCUCCCGCUCUACAUCUUCAAUACCUUGUUUGACUGGAACCACCAGGCCAUCCCAUCCUGCCAGCAUGACAUAAUCUUCUCUGCCUGCCACCUCACAGCCAUGGCCUCCACCUGUGUCAACCCCAUAAUCUACGGCUUUCUCAACAGUAACUUCCAGAAAGAGCUAAAAUCUACCCUAUACCACUGCCGCUGCUGGGGGUCACCAGAGAGUUAUGAGAGCUUUCCUCUUUCUAUUGUCAGCACAGAGGUCACUAAGGGGUCAACCUUGAGCAAAGGAUCAAUGAGCAUGAAUGUACAGUCCUGACCAAUUCAGAAAAGGAGAGAGAAAGUAUAGAACUUCAAUCCCCAUUGUCUUAACCAUCCAUUGAAGGUUGACUUGUUGAGCUUUAUGCUGGAGCAAGGGUUGACAUGGCUGGAGUUGUUCAAAUUAGUCACAGGGGAUUGUUUUGUGUCUUAACAAUCAAUGGUUGGUCUCUUCGGUGGGCAUGGAGAGAAAUGGAAAAGUAAGAGAACACUGUGACCUAAAAUAGAUUUUACAGUGUCCUCAAUUAGAUACAGUGAAUUCAGAAAGUAUUAACAAAACAUGGUCAGUGAUAAAAAAAAACAAUAUUUUUUAAAAUUCCGGCUGUAACCCAACAAAACGUGGAAAAAGUCAAGGAGUGUGGUGUUACAGCCUGAAUUUUAAAUGGAUUAAAUGUAGAUUUUUUUGGUCACUGGCCUACUCCAUAAUAUGAAAGUAGAAUGAUGUUUUUUCAAAAUUUUUACAAAUUAAUUAAAAAUGAAAAACUGAAAUGUCUUGAGUCAAUAAGUAUUCAAUCCUUUUGUUAUGGCAAUCCAAAAUAGGAGUGAAAAGAGUAAACAAUUGCUUAACAAGUCAUAUAAAGUGUUUAACAUUUUUUUUAAUGACUUCAAACCUACAGGUGUCCUUCCUAACUAAUUUGCCAGAGAGGAAG